AGGCUUUUCUGUCUUUUUUCUGGCAUUCAAGAUGUCGAAGCGAGGACGUGGUGGGUCCUCUGGGGCAAAGUUCUGGAUUUCCCUGGGUCUUCCAGUAGGUGCUGUGAUCAACUGUGCUGACAAUACAGGAGCCAAAAAUCUAUAUAUCAUCUCUGUGAAGGGGAUCAAGGGACGGCUGAACAGGCUUCCUCCUGCUGGCGUGGGUGACAUGGUGAUGGCCACGGUCAAGAAAGGCAAACCAGAGCUCAGGAAGAAAGUGCAUCCAGCAGUGGUAAUUUGAUAACGAAAGUCAUAGCGGAGAAAAGAUGGCGUAUUUAUUUAUUUUGAAGAUAAUGUAGGGGUCAUAGUAAACAAUACAGGUGAAAUGAAAGGUUCUGCCAUCACGGGACCAGUGGCAAAGGAGUGUGCAGACUUGUGGCCCAGGAUUGCAUCUAAUGCUGGCAGCACCGCAUGAUUCUCCAGUGUGUUUGUAAAAAACAAA